AUGAGGAUUGGCGCGCGCAUGAGCGCUACUACGAGACGGAGAAUACCUGCCUUGUCUUAUGUAAAGAGCCUGCGCUGUCGCGAGUGCGGCAGCGAUUACCCCAUCGAGCCGCAGUAUGUCUGCGACUUCUGCUUUGGGCCGCUUGAGGUGAGCUACGACUAUGACGCGAUCGCGCGUGUCAUCAGCCGCGAGCGCAUCACCAAGGGACCUUUGACCAUGUGGCGCUACCACGAUCUGCUGCCGGUUGACGCGGAGAUGGCUCUGGACAUGCACACCGGCUUCACGCCGCUCAUCCGUGCCAACAACCUGGGCAGGCUGCUGGGGCUGAACAACCUGUACAUCAAGAACGACAGCGUGAACCCGACCUUUUCGUUCAAGGAUCGGGUGGUGUCGGUCGCUUCGGCUAAGGCGCUUGAGUUCGAGUUCGACACGCUGGCGUGCGCCUCGACGGGCAAUCUCGCCGGCUCGGUGUCGGCGCACGGCGCGAAGGCUGGAAUGCCCACGAUGGUGUUCUUCCCGUCGGACCUGGAGCGGGGCAAGAUUCUGGGCGCGGGCAUCUACGGCGCUACCCUAGUGGCGGUGGACGGCACAUACGACCAGGUGAACCGUCUUUGCAGCGAGCUUGCGGACAACCAUCGCUGGGCGUUCGUGAACAUCAACAUGCGCCCGUUCUACUCUGAGGGGAGCAAAACGCUGGCAUACGAGGUAGCGGAGCAGCUGGGAUGGCGCGCGCCGGAUGCAUGCGUAGUGCCGGGAGCGUCGGGUUCGCUCUUCACGAAGAUAUAUAAGGGCCUGAACGAGCUUGCGGACCUGGGGCUGAUAGAUUCUGCGGCGCAUACAAAGAUGCACAUCGCGCAGGCCGAGGGCUGCUCGCCGAUUGUGACUGCAUACGACGAGGAUACGCCGCAUGUGCGCCCGGUCACGCCGGAUACCGUCGCAAAGUCGCUCGCCAUUGGCAACCCCGCGGACGGCUUCUACUCUCUCAAGACGAUCGAGAACAGCGGUGGCAGUGCAGUCUCGGCGCCGGAGGACGAGAUUGUUGAAGGCAUUCAGAUUCUUGCCGAGACUGAAGGCAUCUUCACGGAGACGGCAGGCGGAGUGGUGAUUUCAGGGCUGCGCAAGCUGGUGCAGAGCGGCAAGAUUCAGCCGGACGACCUGACGGUGGCGUACAUCACCGGCAACGGUCUGAAGACGCAAGAGGUGGUCGAGCCUCUCAUCAAUCCGGUGUUCACCACGCCCGCAUACGAUGACUUCAUGAACAACAUGGCGGCGCGGGAAGAAAGAAAUGGUAAGAGUAAUGGCUAA